CAGUGAUUGACAGCCGUUCGAUACGGCGCGUUCUCACGUCAUGUGAUUCAAACCCUCCGGAAAACGGCAGCGGCUCACUGACUUACUGAUCUCGUACUGCACGUUGGAGAAGUUUCUUCCGUUUUUCAGCCAGCAAACUAAAUUCUAUACGGCAUUGGACUUCUGUCGAGAAAGAGUAAACGUGGAGAAAAAUGGACUUGGCCCAUCAUGGUCUUGUUCUUCUUAAGCGCCUUAAUGCUCAGAGAGAGUUUGGUUUCCUCUGUGACUGUACUGUGGCCAUCGGUGAUGUUCUUUUUAAAGCCCACAAAGCCGUUCUCGCAGCGUUCUCAAACUACUUCCGCAUGCUGUUCAUCCAUCAAGACAGUGACUGUGUUCGCCUGAAGCCUUCAGACAUACAAGCAGAUAUCUUCAGCUACCUGCUUAACUUAAUGUACACUGGAAAAUUCACCACACAGCCCAUUGACCCACUUCGCCUUGAGCAGGGUGUAAAAUUCCUGCAUGCUUAUCCUUUAUUACAGGAGGCGAGUCUUCUUAUAAACCCAGAGUCCCAGUAUGCACCUUUAACAAAUUCACUUUAUGGCAUACAGAUACCUGAUCAGUCACACAGCCUGCCUAGAAGAAAUACAGCAUGCAGAGAUGACGUUUAUGCUAAAAACACUGAAAACGCUGGCCGAGAAUUUUUGGAAAUGUCUGAUUAUAGAUCUCCACAGCCUGUCGGCAUAGAGUCACCCACCCAAAACCCAACAGCCACAAUGGUCCAACACCUCACAUAUGGCAUAAUGAGUAAGAGUGCUUUGUCUAGAAAGCAUUACGCCUGCAAUUACUGUGGAAUGCGUUUUAACCAGAGGUGCAAGUUGAAGGAACAUCUGCUUCUGCACACCAACCAAGCAACUGAGCCACAGGUCACAGUGUCUAUGCAAAAUGGUCACACUAUUGAUCUUGAAGGUCAGGAUAUGGAGGAGGACCAUCUGCAUGCUGACAGUGAUGUUAUUAGCGAUACCGAUCAACAGGCGUGGAUGGAAGACACCCCGCCGCCCUCUGAAAUUGCUGAUAUAGACAACCUGGAGGGCACUGAGAUGGGUCGUGAAAUGAAACGCCGAAAAUUCGAGUGUCCAACCUGUGCUCGCAAGUUUAUUCAGAAGAGCCACUGGCGUGAGCACAUGUACAUUCACACUGGAAAGCCGUAUAAGUGCAGUGCUUGCGGAAAGAACUUCUGCAGAGCCAAUCAAGCUGCUCGACACGUUUGUUUGAGUCAGGACGCAGACUCGUACAUUAUGGUUAACAAACAGAGUUUGGUUCUUUGUGGUGGAGAAGACAACAGUCAAGUGGAGGCUCUCUUUCAGUCUUCUGAAAGACCCUAUAAAUGUAGCAUGUGCGCAGCACCUUUUGCAAGUCCUUCCAAGGUUCCCAAACAUCAGUGUUUGACUGAGAGUGAAGCUGUACCACUGGCAGAAAAUUCAGCGGGGGAAAAUCUAAAUAAGGACUUGGAGACUACUUCUGAAGUAACCAUUUCUUCUUAAAGUGUCAUGCUAAAGCAGUAUUCGUUUAUUUCAGUGCCAGUAUUUAACCAUUUUUAUGUGUUUGUGUUAUAAACUGUGAGAGAAAUAAGUAUUAUUUUAAAGGUCCACUGGAUUAUUUCAUGCCUUUUUUUUCUUCUAUUGUAGGGUCAUUUGUGAAUUUAAAACUAAUAAAAUGUCAAAACUAUA